AUGGAAGAGACAAAAGAUUCUUUCAAUGAAGAUGAAGAACUUGCUAGAUUAAAAGAGAAAAAGAACGAACUUGCUAGUCAACCACUUUCUUUUGAUGACUUAAAUAAUAAGUUUUUGAAGAAACAGGUUGAAAAAGGUGCUUCUUUGCAAGAGAUUGCUACUGAUUUUGCAAAGGCACAGGCUAUUAGUUCAAUUUUGAAUGAUGAUUCUGAAGAUGCUGAAAAGACUAGAAAAGAGUUAAAAGAUAUUCAGCAAGAUACAUUAAAAGAGGAUUUCAAUCAAGACAAAAUAAACAAGCAGAAGGAAACAAUAAAUGCCAAGCAGGAAAAGGCUGAGGCAUUUUACAAAUCUUUCAGACCAAUUCUUGAAUUUGAUUUCUCAAAUCUUAUCAAGAAAAAAGAAAAAGACAAUGGUGAACCAAAGUCAUAUAGAGACAGGUCAUAUGGUAUUCCACUUAUGGAGGGUUCGCAAAUGUUAGAAAGAAGACCACUCGAGGGGUUUGAAGAGGACUACAAUAGAUUUGUUGCAAGAAAAGAAGUUGUAGUUGAAGAAGUUAAGGCUGAGUUCGAGAGAGUUCUUGCUGAAAGAACUGCAAAACUUGAUGUUCUUAUCAACGAAACUUCAACUAUGGUAGAAAUCCCAGACGAAGAAGUUGCUGAAGAGUGUGAAAAUUCAGCAGAAACAGUUGUGGAGGAAUAA